UGCAACCAUCUGGUGCGGAUGAUCGACCGAGGUAAAAUAGAGGAUCACUUCAAAUUUCUCAUUAUGCCAUUGCUUGGCGACAACCUCACAAAAAUCCGACAUCAAUUCGUAGAUGGGCGAUUGUCGUUGUCUUCCGGAUUGCGUCUCGGUUUCUUGGCGCUAUCUCCUAUUCAAGAAUUGCAUAAUAUCGGUUUUGUUCAUAGAGAUAUCAAAUGUUCGAAUUUCUGCCUGGCUCCACACUCUUCUCGAGGGAACAUGCAACUGGUGCUUAUCGAUUAUGGUGUUUGCCGAUCUUAUAGAGACAAAGCAGGGAACCUGAAGCCACCGAGGGAAGAGGUUCGGUUCCGGUAA